GUGCGCCGCCCCGGAUUGGUUUGUGCGCGUACGACGCAGACAGACCACAACAAACCGACUUUGACGAAAAACAAAAACUAAAAUAUAUUUAAAAAACAAACACUGAAGAUUCGGGUACAAAUGUCAGAUCCCGAAGAGCCUAUCAGUGAAGCAGAGGCAGACAGCUUGCAGGACCCGCAGGAGGAGGAGAGCAGUCCAGCAGAGGGAGCGACAGAGGACCUCGAGAUGGAUUUCCUGCGGUCUCUCUUCUCCAGGAUGCAGGGGCUCGGUUCUGGUCCUGUGGAGCAGGUUCUGGAUGAGCUCAGCCUGGAGGGCAUGGCCCGGUACAUGCAGAGUGGAGACUGCAAAAAUAUCAUCUGCAUGGUGGGAGCCGGGAUAUCCACAUCUGCUGGGAUUCCUGAUUUCCGCUCCCCUGGGACUGGCCUAUACAGCAACCUGCAGAAAUACAAUCUGCCCUGCCCAGAGGCCAUUUUUUUUGAGAUUGGGUUACUUCAAGGAAUACAACACCCCGAGCCAUUCUUCACCCUGGCCAGAGAGCUCUACCCGGGGCAGUUCAAGCCCACAGUCUGCCAUUACUUUAUGCGCAUGCUGAAGGAGAAAGGCUUGCUGAGGCGCUGCUACACACAGAACAUCGACACGCUGGAGCGUGUUGCAGGGCUGCAGGAGGAGGACCUGAUUGAAGCCCACGGCACCUUCCACACCUCGCACUGCCUCAACUUCCUGUGCAGAGAGGAGUAUGGGCUGCCCUGGAUGAAAGAAAAGAUCUUCUCGGAGGAGAUUCCCAAGUGCGAAAAAUGCAACAGCCUCGUGAAGCCAGAUAUCGUUUUUUUCGGGGAGAGUCUCCCCGCUCGCUUCUCCUCCUCCCUGCGCUCGGAUUUCCCCCGGUGUGACCUGCUGAUCAUCAUGGGGACGUCUCUCUCAGUGCAGCCCUUCGCAUCCCUUGUCAUGAAGGUCCCUCCCAAGACUCCUCGCUUGCUGAUUAACAGAGAGAAGACGGGUGAGAGCGAUUCUCUCAUGAGUUUCAUGGGACUAGGAGGAAUGGACUUUGACUCUGAGAAAGCAUACAGGGACGUAGUGUUCCUGGGCUCCUGUGAUGAUGGCUGCCUGGCUCUUGCGGAGUUGCUCGGUUGGAAGGACGAGUUGGUUGCCAUGGUAACCCGCGAGCACGCUGCCAUCGAUGCAUCAGAGGGGGGCGGGGCCUCAGCCAGCAUGGCCAAUCAGAGCAGAGGGACCGGGGAUAAGGGGGCGGGGCAGGAGCAGAAAGACAAGCCUGCCAGCCAAUCGGGUGCAGGAGAGAGGGGGAAGGAGGGCUGACUCAGAGACAGAGUAACAGAGGGAUGGAGAGGAGAGGAAUGAUAGUGACCCUCCCCUCCAUCUACCUUUCUGUUCCUCUCCUCCUCUUCUUGUGUGUAAGGUCUCGUUCAGGUCUGUUUGUGGUUUAGUUUAGUUUUUAACUCUUCGAUCUGUUGUAUUAUAUUUUAUUUUGUUUGUUAAGAAGCUCGGCUGGAGCAAAAUCAGUGAUCUGAUUAAAUUACCUGGAAGAAAUUAAACUAAAUAAAAAAAUCUCUG